AUGAACUGUAUCAUUCCGGGUAAAAACAUCAAAGUUUUUGCCCGAGCCAUCCAUUCUCUUGCAAAGAUCGGAGAAGAGUUGUAUAUUGAACCACUAGAAAAUGGGUUUGCGUUCAAAACUGUCAACUCUUCCAGAUCAGCAUUUGGUUUAUUUUUGUUUGACCCAAGAUUUUUUGAUAAAUACCACAGACCAUCAGAUAAUGAAACAACAUUUCAAAAUGAUGAAAAUGAAUCACCUCGAUGUAAGAUAGCAAUGUCUUCAUGUUUGAAUAUCUUCAAAUCUGUAGCAACCAUUGAGAAAACUGUGGAAAAAUGCAAGAUUUCUUUAAACAUGAAGGAUGACAGGCUUGUGUUCAAAAUGUAUUGCAGACAUGGCAUUGUAAAGACACACAAUCUUGCAUUUAUUGAAUGUGAGUCACUGAAAGCUGUUUUUAACAGUGACAACUGUGAAAAUUGUCUUAUUGCACCUAGCAAGAUGUUGUGUGAGGCAGUUAUUCAUUUCCAAAAUAACCAAGAAGAAGUAACAUUGGUUGUAUCAUCUGAGAAAAUCUCUUUCAAGAAUUAUUUUGAAGAAUAUGAUUCAACAAAACAGAUGAUCACUGAAGUGAAACUCCAUCUUGAUGAGUUUAAUGCCUGUGAUAUUGGAAUUAACACAGAGAUUACAUUCUGUUUAAAAGAACUCAGGGCUAUAUUAUCAUUUGUUGAAGUUACGAAUCUCCCAGUAAAAAUUAAUUUUGAUACUCCUGGAAAGCCAAUGUCUUAUCUGAUCAGCAGUGAAGGGAUGCUUGAAGCAACAUUUGUAUUGGCAACUUUAGCUGGUGAUAAUUGCUCCAACAGUCAAGUGCCACCUUCUGCGAGACAAUCAACUUCCCAAAAUAAAACAAGGGCAUCCUGUAGUAAUAAAAAUUUGAAUGGAGAUGAGUCUAUCCUUGUGGAAUGGGAUGAUAUGACAAUGGCAGAAGUGGAAGAAAUGAGUCUUGUUGAAGCAUGUGCUAGCCGUUCACAAUGUCCUGCAGCACCAAAACCACAACCAGUUUCCAAACGCCAACAAAAGACAGUUUCAAAUGGCCGCAACCAAAGUAAAAUGCACAACAGACUUGACAAAACACCUGAUUCUGAUGAAGAUACAAAUAGUCCUGUUAUAGCUGUACAGCCAUGUAUAAAUUUACUAGCACCAAACAUAGACACAGAUGAUGAAGAAAAACAGAAUUCUGAUGUGAGAAAGGAGGAGGAAGAGGAGGAAGAUGACAUCAUACCUGGAACUCCACCAAGUAAAAAGUUUAAAUCUCUUUUCUUUGGAAAUUCCCAAGCCUCUGAAGCCAGUCAGAAAGCCGCACCAGUUGUGCUUGCUGCAGAUACUGAUGAAGAUGACUGA